CGAUGUUGAAAAAAAAAGGAGAGCAAUUUUUUUUUGUUCUCUCACAUCACCUUGUUAUACUUUCCAUGAUACCAGAAGACUUGUUGCUGUUUCGCUUGGAUCUCAAGCAUAGACCGGGUUCAGAUAUAUUCACCAAGUACAUUGCUCAAGACCAGCGAGUGGUCGACUUAGUUACGAACGCCAUCUUCCAUGUUCCCGCUGGCACCUACGUCAGUACAAGCACGCUCUUUAAGGACGGCACCAAUUGUGACGCCUUGUAUGUUCCUGUGUCAUCCAAUUUGUCAGGCCUACCACCGAUUAUUCUCGAGUUUCAACGAACUGUGAAUAUGGAAUUUUUACGUAGAAGUACCAGAUACUGCUUGAAUACCUACGACCGUCUGCUCCUCGCCUAUAUUAGUGGUUUUUUGUACUAACUGCAUCGCUUCAACUUCAAUCUCAAACAAUUUCACUAGUCACCAUCGCUUGCCGUAUUGUCAAGCAGUCCCCUGGUUCACCUUUGCUGAUGACUUCAUUAUGAUUACGAAAGACACCAUUCAGCCUUUGAUUGACAAAGAUGACAAACUGCCACCUUUAGCAGCACUUGCCCACUUCAUUAUUGCAGGCAAGCUCAGUAUCAUCGAAACAGAGCACAAUGACGACGAGACAAUUCAAUCUUUGUACCGCUUGGCAAUGGACAUCUUCCCCUGUGACGUCCGAGAUGACGGUGGCUUUGAGCCAGCAAUUACUGCAUUAAACGAGAUGGGGCAGCAGUUCAAGAAAAUCACCAAGGAGAUUCCAUCGAAU